UGUUUUCCGGCCACUCUGGUGAUACAAUUUCCUGAAAUAACGAGGCUGCUGCGCUUGGCGCCGGAAGAAACAAGUUGGUUCCGAGGUCGGCCUGUGGACUUUGGCCGUGAGGAGCGGCUCUGGCUCUGGGACUGGGACUGGGACUGGGACAGGGACAGGGCGAAAGCGGCCGCCUCUGGGUCGGGACAGAGACGGGGACCAGCAGGAGAGGUUUAAAUAAAGAAGACAGCGGGCGGCGAGGAGAUCGGAGCGGGGCGACACUGAGCUCGGCGGAAGCCGCUCUCCGCCCUUCACGGUCCCGAUCGACGGCGCCCUCGCAAAGUGAAAGUAAAGAGACUCGGGCGGCCGCUCCGUUUUCUCCAGGCCCGCUGCGCCUUCGGAAAGUGAAGUAAGUCAAAGCAGACGGGUUAUCGGCGAGAGGCUGCGGCUCGCCAGCAGGCCCCACAUGGAAAGGGUGACGUCAUGGACUCUGAUCCUGAUCCUCUUCCAUGGGAUCCACUUUGCCUGGGCUGAACAAUUCAAGGUUACGGGGCCUGCACAAGCGAUUGUGGCCAGGGUUCACGGAGUGGCCAUCUUAGAAUGCCAGCUGAUCCCAGAGAACAUGCCACGCGAUAUGGAGAUUCGUUGGAUGCGCAGCGACUCCAAGGUGAAUAUCAUCGUCCACUUGUAUCGCAACAGCAAGGAUGUGGUGGAGGAACAGGAUGAUGCGUACAAGGGCCGCACUGAGCUCUUCAAGAAUGACUUCAGCAAGGGCAACAUCUCCCUCCGGCUGAGCGGAGUGCGGCUGGCGGACGAAGGAGAUUAUCUGUGUAUGGUGGAAUACCAGAGGACCCCUGAGCAGGUUCUUGUCCCGCUGAAGGUUGCCAGUCUGGGUCUCCGGCCUGCCAUCCGAUUGGAAGGUUACCAAGGGAAUGGAAUCAGGAUCCAGUGCAACUCAUCGGGCUGGUACCCCCUUCCCAGCCUACAUUGGACCAGCAGCGGUGACCAGAACCUGUCUCCUGAGUCCCAGGCCCAGACCACCAAGGACACAGACGGCUUCUACCGCAUCUCCAGCUCCAUGGAAGUGAUGAGUGGCCCAGCUGACAUCAGGUGCAGGGUGGAGGCCCCCACACUGAAAAUACAGGAGUCCAAGCUGCAGAUCCCAGAUGAAUUCUUCCCUCGGACUUCAAAAUUCUUCAUCGUAUUCAUGGUGUUCCUUGUCCUUCUGUUUGGAAUACUUGCUGCUGCCGGAUGGCUUUACUACAAGAAGAGGACGGAUGCGAGUGAGUUGUAUAGACGUCCCACGUUAGCUGAACAUGAGUCCUUAGGGAAUGAAAUAGCUAAAUUGGAAACCCUUGCUGAAAGUGCCAGGUCUAAUUUUGCUCUGGAGAAGAAGCUAUCCACAGCAGCUGCGGAGAGAGUCAUCGAUGCUUCAGUGUCGGUGACCUUUGACCAGGAUACUGCCAAUCCCUACCUGUCUGUCUCGAAGGACUGUCUGACGGUCUCGUUCAGCGAGGACUGGAAAGAGGCCAAGGACAAUUCCAAGCGCUUCACCGCCAGGCUGUUUGUGAUGGCAACCGAGGGCUACCAGAGUGGGAGACAAUACUGGGAGGUGUGGGUGGGUAACAAGCCGGACUGGGACCUGGGAGUGGCCUACGGAUCCAUCCCCAGGAAUGACUGGGUCACCCUGAGCCCAAGUAAUGGGAUCUGGACCAUCGGCAAGCGCGGCCAAUCUUAUGAGGCCAACGAUGAGUUUCCUACACCGCUCGAGGGGAAGGCAACUGCUCUGACCAUCGGUAUUUACCUGGAUCGUGACACAGGAAAUGUCAGCUUCUACGAUGCUGAAGCCAUGGCUCACAUCUACACCUUUCAAGCAAAUUUUACUGAGAAGAUCUAUCCCUUCUUCAGUCCCUGGGGGUCGCAGGAGAUCAUGAAAAUCUCUCCCCUCUAACCCUGCAUUUCAUCCAUCUUUCAGCUGUAGCUUCAUGCCUUGGCCAGUGAGCAUGUGCCACAGGAGAAAGCUUGUUGUCACAGACCAGCUGAGAAAUAACUCAAACAGAGUCAAACAAACAUUUAGACUCUGAGUGACUUAUGCAGAUAUAACCAACUGAAUGUUGUGUCUCCGGUUAUAUUUUUCUGUUUUGGACAAGUGCCGAUUAAGUGUUUGACUGAAGGGCUGGCCCUGAGGAGGCCCCAUUACCAGGCAAGUGGCUCUGAGCUGGGAAGGGGAAGAGCUGAAUGCUGGCAACACAAUAGGCAGAUGAUGUUGCUUCAGAGAGUGUUAACAGAUCUGACUGUCUGGUGGGAAACACGGUGCAGCAGUUCACGCUGACCAAUUUUAAGGAAAUCUUCCACAUCUGAAGUAAGACGAGGAUGUCCAGAGGCUUGUGUCAGCAACAAUCAACUUGCUUUCCCAGGGUCUGCUGUUGCUCCCUCUAAUGCAUACACAGGAAUCAGCAAAUUAAUAUGAGCUCCAGAUAUUCAAGAAGGAAACCCUGUAAACGUUGCACUGCAUUGAAUUGGCUUUCCGAUAAUGUACUCAGCAGUGUAUCGUUGAACAUUGUGCCUGGCUCUGGAAAAAGUGUAACUUAUUGCCAAGUUUUCAAAACUGCAUUUGUGAAGUAUUUUUUUAAAAAUCUGUCUUUAAAUAUAGUGAUCAACUGUGCUUUCACAGAUAUUUUAGUAUAAACAGAAUUCAUAGUCAUACAGCAUGGAAACAGGCCAUUCAACCCAUGGUCUCCACACUGACCACUGGGCACCCAUCUAUGUUAAUCUCAUCUUCGAGCACUUGGAUUGCAACCUUCUAUGCUUAGACAAUUCAAGUGCUCAUCUAGACACCUCUUAAAUGGUGUCAGUGACUCUGCUUCCACCACUGUCUCCAGUAGCAUGUUUCAGCCACUCGCCUCUGUCUGAGUGAAUAAAAGGUCCCUUUUAUAUUCUCUUUAAAUCUCUUCACCCUUGCCCUAAAUCUGUCUUCUAGUUUUAUUCACUUCCUGAUGUGGGGAAAAGAUUCCUGCAGUCUACCCUAUCAAUACCCCUCAUAAUUAUCUCAACUUCCUCCCCUCCAGGUAGAACAGACCUUGAUUCUCCAGUUUCAUAACUAAAACACUACGUCCCAGGCAACAUCUUUGUGAAUCAACUCUGUACCCUCUCCAGUGCCACCUCAUCCUCUGGGUUUUUUCUUUCUGGAAUGUGGGAGGCUGGAGGUAUGGUGGCCUUGGAGGUUUAUAAAAUUAUGAGUGUCAUGGAUAGUCUGAAUCUUUGUCCCAGGGUAGGGGAGUCUAGAAGUAGAGGACGCAGGGUUAGGGUGAUAACAAGACAUUUAAAGGAGAUCUCUGAGGGGUGAGUUUUUAAGGUGCUGGUUAUCUGAAACAAGUCGCCAGACGAGAUGGAGGCAGAUACAGUUACAACAUUUGAUAGGACUUUGGUCAGGUAAUUGAAUAGGAAGGUAUGGAGGGAUAUGUGCCUAAUGGGAUUAGCAUAGCUGGGCAUCAUGAUUGGCACAGAUGAGGUGGUCCGAAAAGGCCCAUUUCUGUGCUGUAUAACUCUCAGAUUAAAGCAGGAGACCAGACUUGUACAAAAUGUUCCAGGCAUAGAUUCACUAAUGCUCUGUGUGAUUGGACUACGCAAGAAUCAAAACUCAAAAUUGCGGGUGAUGUUGCUGAUUUAAUGUGCCUGGCUCUGUUACUGUUUCUUACUGUCAUGUAUUCAAACCUGUGUAAAAUAUUGUACUAAUUAGUAAAUGAAUAUGCAUGCUCUUUGGUCUCUCACACCUGCUCCACUGACCAUUAUGAUCUUUUACCUCUGCACUAUGCUCUACUUUCCUGCACUAGUGCUGUUUCCCGAGAGUCUGUUGAUAUCCAGAAUUUCUAAAAGCAAGAAUUGAAGCCUAGGGCAAAUCAGCCAUGAUCAUAUUGAAAGGUAAGGCAGGUUUGAGGGGCCAGGUGGCCUUUUCCUGUUUUUUUUUUGUGUGCUGUGCUUUUAUAAUAAACUGCUCUUGAAAUAAA